UGGGGAUGUAAUAAACAAGUUGUUAAGUAUAAUAUAUAAUACACAUUCUACUUGAUUAACUCCGACUCUACCAAUCAACCAAAAGUCGAAACCCAAAAACAGAAAUGAAGAUCGAGCUCGUGUUCAUACCGUUGCCGGGAAUUAGUCAUCUCCGACCAGCCGUGAAGCUCGCAAAGCAACUCAUCGAGAGCGACGACCGUCUUUCGAUCACCGUAAUCAUCAUCCCUUCAAGAUUCGAUGCCGGUGAUGCAUCCGCCUCUAUCGCACCUCUCACGACGGAUCGCCUCCGUUACGAAGCCAUCUCCGUCUCAAAAGAACCACCAACCUCCGAUCCCACGGAUCCGGCUCAAGUUUACAUCGAGAAACAAAAGUCAAAAGUGAGAGAUGCAGUCGCCAGAAUCGUUGAUCCAACACGAAAGCUCGUUGGAUUCGUGGUGGAUAUAUUUUGUUCCUCGAUGAUUGAUGUAGCUAACGAAUUCGGAGUUCCGUGUUAUAUGAUCUACACAUCGAACGCUACGGUUCUAGGAAUCAUGCUUCACCUUCAACAAAUGUACGAUCAAAAGAAGUAUGACGUCAGUGAGUUGGAAGAGUCAGUCAACGAGUUGGAGUUUCCGUCUCUGAGUCGUCCUUAUCCAGUGAAGUGUCUUCCUCAUUUCCUCACUUCAAAGGAGUGGUUACUUCUCUUUCUAGCACAAGCCAGGUAUUUACGGAAGAUGAAAGGUAUUUUGGUAAAUACAGUUGCUGAGCUUGAACCUUACGCUUUGAAAAUGUUCAACAAUGUUGAUCUUCCUCAAGCUUAUCCGGUAGGACCAGUGUUGCAUUUCGACGACGAUGAAAAGCAAUCAGAGAUUUUGCAGUGGCUCGAUGAGCAACCCCCUAAAUCUGUUGUGUUUCUCUGUUUUGGGAGCUUGGGAGGCUUCACGGAGGAACAAGCUAGAGAAAUGGCCAUUGCGCUUGAUCGUAGCGGUUAUCGGUUUCUUUGGUCUCUCCGUCGUGCAUCGCCGAAUAUAAUGACCGACCGUCCUAGAGAUUUCACGGAUUUGGAUGAAGUUCUCCCGGUGGGGUUCCUAGAUCGGACAUUGGAUAGAGGGAAGGUGGUGGGAUGGGCACCACAAGUGGCAGUGCUAGCAAAACCGGCGAUAGGAGGAUUUGUCACUCAUUGUGGGUGGAACUCAAUGCUUGAAAGCUUGUGGUUCGGUGUUCCGAUGGUGACAUGGCCGCUCUACGCCGAGCAGAAGAUAAACGCGUUUGAGAUGGUGGAGGAGCUGGGAUUGGCCGUGGAGAUACGUAAGUACUUAAAAGGAGAUUUGUUCGCCGGAGAGAUGGAGACAGUUACGGCCGAGGAUAUAGAGAGAGCUAUCAGACGUGUGAUGGAGCAGGAUAGUGAUGUAAGGAAUAGAGUGAAGGAAAUGGCUGAGAUGUGUCAUGUGGCGUUAAUGGACGGUGGAUCUUCGAAGACUGCUUUGCAAAAGUUUAUUCAAGACGUGAUAGAGAAUGUUGCUUAAAUUGGAUUGAGAGAAUCAGUUUCAAUUGUUUUGAUUUUAAGAACCAAACUCAUAUGGCUGGCUAUUCUACUCUCCAACAGAUAGUGAUUUUAGGUUUGUCCGCUGAAAUUUAGUUUCCCGCUUACUCA